UUUCAGUUCUUCUUCACUUGUUUCCUCUACAUCUCUCUCCUUCUCUCUAGCUCUCAUCAUGGCGACUGCAAUGGUUGAAGACAGCUCCUUCGAAGAUGAUCAACUAGCUUCAAUGUCCACUGAUGAUAUUGUUAGGAACUCUAGACUGCUCGACACCGAAAUUCGUAUCCUCAAGGAAGAAUUGCAAAGAACAAAUAUGGAAUUAGAAUCAUUUAAAGAUAAGAUUAAAGAGAAUCAAGAGAAGAUCAAGCUUAAUAAACAGUUACCUUACUUAGUCGGUAACAUCGUGGAGAUAUUGGAAAUGAAUCCCGAGGAAGAUGCUGAGGAAGAUGGUGCUAAUGUUGAUCUCGAUUCACAAAGGAAGGGAAAAUGUGUUGUACUGAAAACAUCUACCCGUCAGACAAUCUUUCUACCUGUUAUUGGUCUAGUGGAUCCUGAUAAGCUAAAACCUGGGGAUUUGGUUGGUGUUAACAAAGACAGUUACUUGAUCUUGGACACUCUUCCAUCGGAAUAUGAUUCACGUGUAAAGGCAAUGGAAGUUGAUGAAAAGCCAACCGAGGAUUACAAUGAUAUCGGAGGGUUGGAGAAGCAGAUUCAAGAACUUGUGGAGGCUAUUGUUCUUCCUAUGACGCACAAAGAGAGGUUCCAGAAAUUAGGAGUUCGCCCACCCAAAGGAGUGCUCUUAUACGGACCUCCUGGAACGGGGAAAACAUUAAUGGCUCGAGCUUGUGCAGCACAGACUAAUGCCACUUUUUUGAAGCUAGCAGGCCCACAACUUGUUCAGAUGUUCAUUGGAGACGGAGCAAAGCUUGUUCGUGAUGCCUUUCAGCUUGCAAAGGAGAAGUCUCCCUGCAUCAUCUUUAUAGAUGAAAUCGACGCAAUUGGUACCAAAAGAUUUGACAGUGAAGUCAGUGGAGAUAGGGAAGUGCAAAGGACUAUGUUGGAGUUGCUGAAUCAGCUUGAUGGUUUCAGCAGUGAUGACCGUAUAAAAGUGAUAGCAGCAACAAACCGAGCUGACAUCCUGGAUCCUGCCCUCAUGCGUUCAGGUCGUUUAGAUCGAAAAAUUGAGUUUCCACAUCCCACUGAAGAAGCUAGAGCUCGAAUAUUGCAGAUCCAUUCAAGAAAAAUGAAUGUAAACCCAGAUGUCAAUUUUGAGGAGUUGGCUCGUUCAACAGAUGAUUUCAACGGAGCGCAGCUGAAAGCCGUCUGUGUGGAGGCUGGUAUGCUGGCUCUGCGUCGAGAUGCAACUGAGGUGAUCCAUGAAGACUUUAACGAAGGUAUUAUUCAAGUUCAAGCGAAGAAGAAAGCCAGUCUUAAUUAUUAUGCAUAAUUUGAGUUUGUAUUACCGUUUGUAUUACUAGACGCAUGGCACAAUCUUCCAGUAUCAUCAACCACUUUUUGUGUGCUUAUUUUUUUUUCUUUCUUAGUUUAAGUUUAUAUUCUGCAGUGAAUUCUAGAGCAUCAUUGGUUCAUGGUUCAAAUUUACUAUUAUAAACAGUCAAAAGCUCGUUUGGUUUUACCA